AAGAGAGAACAGGAGGAUGGUUUUAUACAGUUGAAAUGAGAGUAGAUGUGUGAUGAUGAAGUGUGGCAGAAACAGCAGAUAGGAGACAAUCAUGAAGAUAACAUAUGGGAAGAGGUUACCCGCUGUGAUUGGACAAAACACCACGUGAUUAGUAUCGUCAAACCCGGAAGAAUGACAAGUGUUUAUUGUUGCUAGCUCGCAUUUAAGGUAUCUUAAUGCAAAGAGGACACAAAGGUUGGCUGGACCAAAAUGGCAUCCUACUUUGAUGAACAUGACUGUGAACCCACCAACCCUGAGGAACAGUACCGCCAGAAUGCACUACUUGAACUGGCCAGGUCCUUGAUGCAGGGUUUGGACUUCAUUGACUCAGGUGCAUUCGACUUGUCAGACUGGGACCAGCGUCUUCCUCCUCCGGCUGCCAAAACUGCUGUUCAGACCCUCUCUGUGGUCAUUAUUUCCCCAGAGCAAGCAGAUAAAGGUCUGAAGUGUCCUGUGUGUUUGCUGGAGUUUGAGGAACAAGAGACUGUUCGAGAAAUGCCAUGCAAACACCUCUUCCACUCAGGAUGUAUACUGCCCUGGCUGGGCAAGACUAACUCCUGUCCUCUAUGUCGACUUGAAUUACCAACUGACAAUCCAGAGUAUGAAGAGUUCAAAAAAGACAAGGAGAGAAGAAAACAGAGGGAGCACAGACUGGAGGAUCUACAUGGAGCAAUGUACACAUGACAUGACAGUGCAGUUUGUGGCACAGUGACAUUUUACACAAAAAAAAAUAUGAAAAAAAAAGACUUCAGGAAAUGCAUAAUGUUGCAUUCAUGUCAUAUCGUACAGAAUGUAAUUUCAACCGUGAAAAUCAUGUCCAUGACAACCUCGUGUCUCAUCAUGAGUCAGAGUUAUAGUAAAUCUGACAUCUACAACAUCUCCCAAUUGGCAAAAAGUAACAUGAAAAAGCUUUACGCUUAAUUUCCAUUUAUCUGUUUUGACCACAAGGCAAGCAAUGAAGUAACCACCUGUAAUAAUGUGUGACCGCUCCCAUCAGAGCAACACAGGGUUUUCCUGUUGUUUCCAUUCAUUCGACAUGCCGUGAAUGCAGCAUCAGCAACGAGGUAAUUGAAAAUAGAAAAUGCUUAUUUCUAAGUUGGAUAAAUGCUCUUUUCUCUCUAGUUAGUAUGGAUAUAUAUUUUAAAAUGAGUAUGCUGUUGACAGCAGUACUGAGCACUCAGCAGCAUUUCAGUUUUUUCUCUUUAUUCCCUUUUUAUACAAAACUGUGAGCUUUAAAUGCUGAAACAAAAAAAGACCUUCUGUUCCCUUGUUUUUGUCUGAUUCAUAUGAGAUAUUUAAAGACAAAUAUAAUGACUUAUAUUA